AUGAUUGUCAGUCAUGUCAAUCAGUUUCUAGAGGAUGGCGACUGCAGUGCUUUAAUAGAGGAACACAAGCUACAAUACUCUUCAUCUCAGCAACAACAGCCACAGCCCACCUCUGUGAUGGCGAUUCAAAAGAUUCACACCAGGAUAGCUGGUGAUAGAGGACCUCCUAUUGCAAACGCCAUCAGUGUAGUUGAUCAACCGCCUCCUGUGGCCGUGUCCUCGUCUGACGCAGCUUCAAACUCGACAUCUGUUCCUGACCUCAGCAGCAUAGUAGAAGAGGCUGCUCUUCAGACAUUUGCUCCCACGCGCUUUUGCGUUUUACGUGCUAUUGUAAAGCAGAAUGCUCAGAGGCGGAACACACAGUUUCAAAGGAUGCGGAC